AUGGCAGUGGACACCGAAGCAAACGGCGUUCACGAUGUUCUCUUUGACGACCCAGAAGCAAACACCAACUUUGACGACGCCCUUGCGCAACCGAAACCAACGACAAACGGAAAUCACUCAGAUAUGGACAUGUCGGCGCCUGCAGCAGAGCCUGCCAUCGAACCCACGACCAACGUUUCUGCCGGUAUCGACGGAGUCGCACAGUUUCUGCCUGAAAACAAUCAGGAUAGCAACUCUCUGUUUGGCGACUCGGACCUCGGUACAACCGUGGCAAAUGCUGUGGAGGCGCCUACCUCAGAUGUACGUGAUGAGCCACCGACUGCUGAAGAGCUGUCUGCGGUGAUCCAGGCAACAAGUGCUAGUACGCAGGAGGUGCCCGAGACACAAAUUGUGUCAAAAGAGGAGAAUGCGCCCGCAGACUCCAUGGACACAACAGCCGAUGCAUCCGAGGCAGCCAAGCCGACAGAGUCAUCUGGAGCACCAACGAAGCCGAUGAACGAUCUGUCCAUACAGACCAAUGUCGACACCGCUGCUGCACCCUCCGCUUCUACCACGCAGUCACCGGCGAUUGUAGAUCGUGAGAUGGAAGAUGCUCCUUCUUCUGGCAAGGUUCGACCGCGCGAGGAUGACGAUGAGGACAUGGACGGCCCGGAAGCGAAGCGCACAAAGACAGAAGAAGAGGCCGGUGCUCAAACAAACUUCAAGCUUCCAGAACUGCCGCCUGCUCAUGGCGAGCCGAAUGGAAACGGCGGUACGCCGGGCCCAGCCUCAGAUUCAGCGCACGAAGCAUCAGGCGUUCAUAGGGCCGUCGAUUGGGAGGCCUGGCCUACGACGCCGAUGACUGAAGCGCAGAACAAGUUUUUGUUGGAACGCAUACGCAACACGAAGAAGAUCAAGGUUUCCUUGGCUUUCAAGGAUCCUGUUGACCCUGUAGCACUCGGCAUUCCGCAGUACCCGGAGAUUGUGAAGCAUCCAAUGGACUUGUCAACUAUGGAGAGCAAGUUGAAGGAAAAAAAGUACACAUACGUAAGGGACUUUAUGGCAGAUCUUGAUCAGAUGAUUACAAACAGCGAGCUAUUCAACAACAAGCAGCAUCCCGUCACGCAAGCUGGGUACAACCUGCGAGCGUAUUUCCUAAAGGGAAUGGGCAAGAUGCCUCGCGGCGCCGCAGCUGAAGAGCCGGUAAAGCCAGCGAAGGCUAAGAAGCCGACAGUAAACACUGCACAAAAGGCUCGACGCGAAUCACGCGUAGCUCCUCCACCUACCGUCAAGUCUCCGGCUGUUGCUACUCCUGCAGCGACGUCACCCCAGGCUGCGUGGCCUCUGCAACAAGAUGGUACACCAUUGAUUCGCCGUGACUCUUCUACUACCGAUGGUCGGCCCAAGCGGGAGAUUCAUAGGCCGUCAAAGGACUUGCCAUAUACAAACGCUAAGCCGAGGAGGAAGAAGUUCCAGCAAGAGCUCAAGUUCUGUGAGUCUGUGCUUACGGAGCUCAUGAAGCCCAAGUACAGUGCUGUCACGUAUCCCUUCAUUACUCCCGUAGAUCCCGUGGCACUCAACAUUCCGUCGUAUCUCAAGAUCAUCAAGAAGCCCAUGGACUUUGGCACGAUUGAGAAGAAUCUCAAGAACGGUGUGUACCAGAGUGCCAAGGACUUCUACGCCGAUGCCCAGCUUGUGUUCCAGAAUUGCUACAAGUUCAACCCUGAGGGCGAUGCCGUCAAUCAGAUGGGACACAAGCUCGAGGAUCUCUUUGAGAGUCUGUGGAAGGAGAAGGCAGACUGGCUUGCCCAGCAUGCACCAGCUCCCGAGCAUUCACCCAGCGAUCUCUACUCGGAUGAGGACGACGAGGAGGACGACGAUGAGGAGGAGAUUGAUCCUGCUCAGGCGCAGUUCCUUGCCAUCCAGCAGCAGAUUGCUCAACUGAAUGCCACGGCUCAGCAGCUCUUGCAACAGCAGACAGGCAGCAAGCGUGCCUCGCCCAAGUUGCCUGGCAAAAAGAAGAAGGGAGCUGCGCCACCCGCGAAGAGGAAGAGCCUUCCUCUAGCGGUACCUCCUCCGGCCAAGCCGAUGAAGAGUUCUGCAGUCAAGAAGGCCAAGGCUCCAGCUCCUUUGAGCUUCGCGCAGAAGCAAGAGAUCUCAGAGGGCAUAAGCACGCUGGGUGAUCUUGAUAUGCGACGGGCCGUCCAGAUUAUCCGAAACGGAUGUCCGCAUCUCGCUAACGUGAACGAUGACGAGAUGGAGCUCGACAUGGAAGACAUCAAUGAUGAUACGCUCCGCGAGUUGUUGAGGUUCAUCAAGUCUCUACGUGGUCCUAAGGGUGCCGCUGUAGCCGACGAGGACUUUGAGCCACCGCGACAAGUGUCGAAGCAGACAGCUAGUCGGCCCAAGAAGAACAAGCCCAUGGGCAAGAGCGAGCAAGAAGACAACAUGCGCAAGAUCCAGGAGAAGUUGCAGUCGUUCCAGGGCGGUGCAUCGGGUUCAAGCCAAUCUCCACCUGUGCAUGAUGCAUCCAGCGACGAUGAUGAGUCCAGUGGCUCGGAGAGCGAGGAAGAGUGA